AUGGCGUCUACUCAACUUACAGCAUCACCUGUGUCUGUGUCAGCGAGGAGCUUAGCUUCGCUUGAAGGUCUUAGAGCGUCGAGUGUCAAGUUUUCUUCUUUCGGAACUUUGAAACCAGGGACCUUUAGGCAGGUUCAGUUUCGUCCUUUGGUUGUUAAAGCUGCUGUUGUGAUUCCUCCUAAGGUACUUACUUGCUCACUUCUUUGUCUCAAUUCAUUGCUGUUUGGUUAUAUACUUCAAUUAAGCCAUUGGGAGAUAAGAGUGUUGAAGAUCAAUGAGGCAGAAGAGAAGACCGUUGGAGGUAUCUUACUUCCUUCCACAGCUCAAUCAAAACAUCAAGUCGGUGAAGGUGAAGUUGUUGCUGUUGGUGAAGAAACAACUAUUGGGAGACCCAAAGCUGGUAUCACUCUCCUGAUUGGACUACAAAUUCUGUACACCAAAUACGCAGGAACUGAAGUGGAUCUCAAUGAGGAAGCGACAGAGUUCUACCGCUCUGGGACAACGACGUCAGAAAUGGCAAGAUGGCUAAUGGACCAUGAUCCUGUUAAAGCAGAGCACCUCAUCAAGAUGGAUAAAGAUGAGUUUAUGCGGGUCCUCAUGAAAAGGUUUGGAGGUCUUUACGAAGACUGA